AUGUAUCUUGUCCACUGGUCUGAGAUGGAAAAAGUCCAGCGUUAUUCUGGAGUUUUCGCCGCAUCACCCAUUCCUCCAUCUCUGACAUUUGGUCCUUAUAAGGGGACGUUGAAUAUUUUCCUGAAAACCAAUGAUCAUAAACACUUGGAUUAUAUCCUUGAGGUGACCUACAAAUGUGGUCAGCUCAUCUGGGUUUUCGAUCGGCAUCUUUCUUGGGUCCCUUUCAUGAACUUCGCACGCUGCCCUGAGGAGCAAAAUGUGGAGGUGUUCUUGAGCGAAGGGUCUUUUUUCUUCCGUACCAUCGAUAGAGUGUCCCCGGGCGAGGAACUGUUGCUAUGGCCAACUGAGAGACUUUGCAGAAGUCUGCGUAUGCCCAAUUUUGUGCAUCAUGGAGAUAGAGAACGUGAAUACCAAUAUAUUUGUCACCACUGCUCGCAAGUGUUUGCAUUCCCAAACACACUUAAAACGCACAUCGCAUUUGAGUGCGCCUCAAACCGUGGGAAGAGCUAUAAAGAGCCCCUGUUUCACAGUCAGCGAACACACUCAUACACCAGUUGCCUUCCAAGUAGAAACAACCCGCCGAACAGGCCGCCGAGAAUGAGCACUUUGUUUUUGACUCCAAAUUCGGAUACGGACGGGAUACAGGUAUCGAAAACGGACAAUGAUCCACCGCUCAACCUCAAACACGAUGGAGAACCAAGCAGGAGCGUGCACCACCAUAAUGGCAGUGCAUUCCUAUCCGACGUCUCAGUUCACGACGAUAAACCCAUUAUUAACGGAGGACAUUCUUCAUCUGGAUUAAAUUUAUCCAACAGCAUGGGUUGUUUGAACGGUUUAAAUGGUUUUAAUGGCUUCAACAACCUAUCAUUGGCAAUGAAUCAGUUUCCAUUCCUCUCCAACUUCAACACGGAUUCCUUUCUAAUGAAGGAGAGCCCGAAAUCGCUGCAAAACUCCGUUGGAGACAGCUCGUCGUCUACCAAGGCUUCGCCACCCUUUUCGCUGCACUCAAGCUCAGCCGAUUUGCAGGUCGUUAAGUCUCCGGACAAGCUCCAACCAGUUCUUACGCCGCUAACACCAGUGAGCCUACCAUCCUUUACGGCGGAAACGUUCGGAAUUAAACCUGAUGGCUUGAAAAAUUCCUCUCUUGUUCCUCCUGUUAAUCAGUCGCAGCCGUUCAGUUCGGCUAGCUUCAACGGUUUUAAGAGCCCCGAGCUUGGAAAUGUGCCAGUUUCCUCAGAAUUUCCUUCAAUCUCACGACCACUAUUGAGCGAACUUAACGGACUUAAUGGAAUGAGGUACAACUUAUCACAGGAAUCCUCGUUUUCGCAAAACCAGAUGGAUAUGUUAAAUAAUCCAGCGUUUCUCCUCCAGCCCCGGCCUCCUCUCUGCAGUCCUUCGUCGAUGCCAUUUUUCAAAUAUGGAUUUCCACAGGGUUUUCCAUCACUAAAUGGCCAACCGGUUAUGAAUCCAACGGGUCCUAUGAUGUUUGGAACGGAACAAGGCGUUAGCAGACUGCCUUCAUCCUCCACAACGCCGAACCCCGAUGGAACGGGUUUAAACGGGGAUCAAAUGACACCGGACAAGCCGAAAACAGGUUGCAAUGAGGAAAUGAUAAACGAUUUGAACUCUAAAAAAGUGAAUAAGGGAUAUUUAUGUGAGCUGUGUGGCAAGUUGUACACCCGCAAAUACGGGCUUAAAAUCCACAUGCGUAUUCACACGGGCUACAAGCCUUUAAAGUGCAAAUACUGUCAAAAGAGAUUUGGCGAUCCGAGCAAUAUGGCUAAACACAUCCGCCUUCAUGCUGUUGGGGACACUCCUUAUAAAUGUCAGUAUUGCGGAAAAGUUUUGGUCAGGAGAAGAGAUUUAGAUCGUCACAUAAAAUCAAGACACCCAAACGGACGUUAGAAUGGUAAAUUUGUUACUUUUUAAAUCAAAUUUCAUAGGUCUAGCUGUAAGUUUAUCGAGAGAUAAAGGUACUUCUGUGAAGAUAUUUCGUACAACAUUGAGCACUCGAUAACAAUUUUGGUCGGUUUAGGCCUUUCAUUUUGAACAUUCGUACGCAAUAGAGACGUCGUAUUCGCAUUCUAAAGUUCAUAUGUUUGUACAAAAUUCUCCAACGUAAACAUUGUAAAGACGAGAAAAACAUUUAUAAUAUAAAAAAAGGAAGUAAGAUAUAAGUUUGUACGAUAAAGCGAAAAGCAAAAUAA